AUGCCCUUUGUUGCCCCCAAGACAACAAGUUCAACACCAUCCUCCACCAGAACCACAUUUCGUCCACCAUGGGUUAAGGAGGAUGGUGGUUCGGUGCUGAAGCCCGUCAAUAAGACCUCAGUGCCUUGGGCGAAGAAGCCCAGUGAAACGGCUGCAGCAUCCACGGCCAGCAAGGAUGCCGAUAAAACCACAACAAGUAACAGUAUUUUGAAGAAACCCGCAAGCAAUUUGAAAUCCACCACAAAUGCUGAACCCAAAAAACCGCUGGAAACCAAUAACAAGGUAACGGAAGCGGUAAAGAAACCGGGUAUCACUGCAGUGAAAAAGGAACCCGUCUCAGCCCUAAAGAAACCCUCAGCAGUUAGUGCAGCCAAGAAAAAGGAGCCAACACCACCCUCAUCUUCUUCCGAGGAAGAAGAAGAGGAGGAGGAAGAAGAAGAAGAAACUGAAGAGGAAGAAACCGAGGAAGAAGAAUCCGGCGAAGAAGAGGAAUCCGAGGAAGAAGAAUCCGAAGAAGAGGAAUCCGAAGAAGAAGAAUCCGAGGAAGAGGAUACCAGUAAAAAUAAGAAACCCACUCCAACAACAAAUAACAAAACCAACACCACAUCCACUGCUGCUGCAAAGAAACCUACCACCACCCCCGCAACACCCUCAAAAACACCAACAAAGUCACCCGCUGCCGCCAACAAAAAGGACGAAGAAGAAAGUGAGUUAAAACGCCGUUUCUCCAUUGAGAAACCCAAACUUAGACCCGUUGUUGUCAAACGUGAUAAAUCAAUGAAAAAAAUCGAAGACGACGACGAAGCCGUAGAAGGUGAAACCGAAGAGGAUCGUGAACGUAGAUUACGUUUUAAAUUAGAAAAACCAAAACUUAGACAUGUUAAACGUGAAGAGAAACCCUUGCCCAGUAAGAGUAGCGAGAAUAUUCUAAAAAUAAGGCCCGUCCUCAAGAAGGUACCCAAAGUCGAUGAGAUAUUAAAGGAACCCAAAGAGGAACCUAAACCCGAAUUUAAAACAAAAACAUUACGUAAGACGCCGUCGAUUAAACGUGAACCGAGUAUCAAAAAUGUUCCUGCUCCACCACCAUUGCCAUCGCUGGUGCCCAAGGCUCCUCCACCACCACCGCCACCAUUGGGAGCACCUGGUGAGAAGAAGUUGACUGAAGCUCAGAAACAGGCAUUGGAGAAACUGAAAAAACGGCCAAGACAUCGUCCCGAUUGGUCCGAAAUGAUGAAAGAGGUAGAAAGUGGUAGAAAACUUCGACAUGUCGAAUGCAAUGAUAGAUCUCAACCCAUACUUACAUGCAAAUCCAUGACAAAGGUGGACAAUAAAUUCAUCUACGAAACAGAAAAGGAAAAUUCCCACAACAAAUUGCUGCAACAAAUUCAAUCGGGUGUACGAUUAAAGCCAACACAGACCAAUGAUCGUAGUAAACCGUUUAUUGAGGGCUUGCGCAAAUUCCGGCGACAAAUGACCAUUGAGGAACAAUUGCAAAAGUCUCAGUCGAAAAUUAAUAUGUUGGCAAAUGCUGCUGGUGGAACGGCGGCCACCGAUGGUGCUGCCUCUAUUGCCGGCAGCAAUUUAUCACGAGCCGGUAGUAUUGUCUCUGCUUUAUUGGACGGUUCCAGCGGCGAUGAAUUGGAUGACAUCGAUAAGAUUCGUGAUGAUCUACAAAGUACCAAACAAAUGUUGGCCCUUGAGCUGCGUAAUCGUGAGGCUCAAGAACGUGAAAAUAAGAAAUUAUUAGCCAAAAUUGCCACCCUCGAAGCGGAAUUGGAACGUGAGAAAUCACGUGAAAAGACCUUGGAAUAUGGUUCAAGAAUCAUUGUGGCCACAAUGGAAACAACACCAGCCUCAGAGGAGGCCUAUGUUAAUUCGUUGAAAAAAGAAGCCGAAGAAUCAAAGAAAACAUCUAAAGAUUUGGAAAGUAAGUAUUUGGAGACGAGCGAAUUGCUGGAUCAGGCCAAGAGUGAAAUUGAGGAGCAGAAACGACAAAUACAAGCAUUGGAAAGGAAAUUGGCACAAGCAUUACAGGGCGGCUAUGAUUCUAGACGGCCUAGCGAUGCCCUUAAUGGCUUGGACAGUCCACCUGAAUUUGAGCCAGAAAGUGAAAGUGAUCCCGAUGAGCCCGAAGAAAAGAAGAUUGCCCGACGUGAACGACGUCUCAACAAAGAAGUUAAGGCAUUGCGCAGUAAACUCACCAAGGUCAAAGUGAAACAGGAGGCGGCACGCAAAGAAAAGGCAGCAUUAAAGGAGGCGAUGAAAAAGAAUCAUGUCAUACUCAAGGAAGAAAAGAAAAAGUUCAAGAAAUUGGAAAAGGAAGUACACAAAAUGGCUGCAUCCAUGAAAGAAGAUAUGGAUCUUGAUGAUGAUGAAGAAAAGGACGAGGCCGAAGAUAAGGAAGAAAGUGAAGAUGAAUCGGAGGAAGAGACCGAAGAGGAAUCCGAAGAAUCUGAAUCGGAGGAGAGUGAAAAUGAAACAGAAAGUGAAUCAGAGGCAGAGGAUGCCACCAACCAAGCCAAGAAGGACAAUUUGGAACCACGUCUCAAGAAACACGAAAGCCGUCUGAAUGCCAUGAAGAAAUGUAAUGUUUUGUUGCAGGCCAACGUUGAUAAUUUACAAGAUGAAAUACAUCAAGUCCGUUCCAAGGCAUCCAAUCUACAAAGCGAACUGGAUGCUGUUCUAGCCGAUUUAGGUUUUUAAAUACACCUG